UGAAGAUGGCACGAAAGCGCGUCGUCCGUUUCAUUUACCCGGGAAGACAUCAGGUGCGAAUGUUCCUGGCGGGGACACGUUGGAGUGGUCAAAGGUGCGCAUUCUAAACUGGAAUUUCCUUUGUACCCUCGUGAGUAUGCGCAUGAGCUCCGGUCGACGAACAAGAACAACGGGAGACAGUGCGGCCGACAUGCCAGGGAGUCUUUCAAGCUCUGCUGCUGGUGGUGCGCAAAAUGAACUACAACCAAGCACAGCACGUCAACAUCAACGUAGCGCUAGUUUGUCCUCAGCGGUGCCGGAACCAACAAAUGCUAACGACUGGCAGCAGUUUGUAUCGCAACUUGUCCCGAUUCUCUGGUCUUUACAGGAUGCUUUUCCGCAGUAUGAAGGUAUAUUUGACGAACUGUCAAGCGAAGUCUUGGAAUACGUGGAGGCGCAUGUUCUUGACAUGGAUGUAAGCGAGAUCAGCACCAUAGCGACACCGUCAUUUUUCGUUUGGAGACUCGCUUUGCUGGCAACAGAGGGGCUGCGAUAUACUCUUGAUCAUGUCCUCUCUUUGACGAAAUCCCCCCACAGAGCUGGGCCUGCUUCGUCUUCGGAUGGAGAGUCCUCUCGAGUUCAGAGACAGCAUCAGCGACGGACAAAGCGACACAAAAAAGGUGCGCCGCAUGGUCGUGCUUCCCUUCAGGAGCAGCCGCAGACUUCACCGCUUUUGCCGAGCACUGACGCUUGCCUGGAAUUGCUGCUCGUUAUUGUACGCGGAGUGAUGACAAGAUUUACUAGCCUCCAA